CAUUCAAAAGUGACGCAAUUAGCCUUUUAGAGACGGUCAGUAGAGUUCGAGAAGAUAAUGACCUUAUGAAAUAUUUUGUCCACAAAGAAAUUAAUCUUACAGACACGUAACCGAGCGUCUUGUCCGCUCGGGUGAUGCUGUGUCUUGGCGUUAAAGUUGCGAGGUCGUCGGUUUCUUUACCAAAGCUGUGUAUCCUCUCCCUGCUACACAUGAGACUUCUUCGGUUCUGCCACUGUCCUCUGCAGUUCUGGAGGAGUCAUCUUCACAGUGGGAUCGUUCGUUUUGCUUCUGCUGGAUCAGAAUCACCUUCUUCUGCCCUGACAUCUUCUGAGCUAACUAACACAGAACAGAACCAAAAUGCCUCUGUUUGGUCCCCUGAGCAGGGUCCCCCACCUGCUCCCACCCACUGCUGCAUGAGUGGCUGCCAUAACUGUGUUUGGAUCGAGCAUGCGGAGCAGCUGCUGGCAUACUAUCACAAUGGAGGUGACCGAGCGCUCGCUGCCAUCGAGGAGAACGUCCUCGAUGAUAAUCUUAAAGCUUACCUAAAAAUGGAGGUCAGACUCCUAAAAAAGACGUGAUGCACUCCUCUUCGCAGCCUGGUUUAAACAAGCACUUUAUAACUCACCCUAUUCAGCUGUGUUACUUUCAGGUUUUCACCCUUUUUUGUGUUGAUCCAAAAAACCUAACUGCUUGAACUAUCAAGCAGUUAGUUAAAAACCUGGAUUUUUGACUGUUAAAUGACACAUGAUCAUACAGCUUUCUGACUUUACCAUAAAACAUUCACAACUGAACUCAUUAGAAUUGAUUGAAUGACACAGUCAACCUCCCAGAUUUCAGGGACACGUAAACUGUCUUGGGCUACGUUUAACCGUGGGCCCAAAUCUGACUCUUUUUUUUGCACAUAUUGGACAUCUAUCCGAUGUUUUAAUGAUAGUCUGAACAGCAAAAAAAAAUCCAACCCAGGUCACUUUCAUAUGGUAUUAAAUCAGGUACAUGUCAGAUGUUUUUCAAAGCGCCCUCUCAACGGUCACGUUGCAUUUCAUCCGACUUUUACAUCAUUGAAGUGAGACUAGCAUAAUAUUAAUUGGAGGAGGUGGAAUGUGGUAAGAUCACAUUACUUCCAUAAAUAGCAUGAUGUACAUGAUGCCAUAUCUUUUUCUGGAUAUGCAGGACACUUCAGGGCUGCAGUCUGUUUACACCGGAGUUAGAUGGUCACUGUAAAAUUAUAGUGUGAACAACACAAUAAAAAUCCAAUCACAGCAAAAAUAUCAGAAUUGAGCAUUAAGGCCUGCCAUGUGAAGGUUAGUCCUAGUUCAGGGGUGUCCACAGUUGGUCCUCGAGGGCCACAGUCAUGCAGGUUUUCAGUGUUCCUCUGCUUCAACACACCUGACUCAAAUUAAAUGGAUCCAACGGCCUAUGAAGUUCGGCAAUGUUACAUUAAUUUGAGUCAGGUGUGUUGGAGCAGGGACACACUGAAAACCUGCAGUAUUAUGGCCUCGAAGGACCACAGCUUGACACCCCUGUCAUCUUAUCCUGAUAUGUCUGUGAUCUACUCUGUAAAAGAAAAUUAUUUCUGCAAAGUUAAUUCAGUGUCCUGAAGUUAUGAAGCACAGUUACAUUUUUUAUGUACAAGUUUGAACUUUUGAACUGAAGUAUUUAAACUACAUUUUAAUGAGUUGACUGAUCGCUUGAGUUUAUAUAUUUCAAUGUUUGUUUUGAAUUUAUAUUUAAGAUUUGUCUGUUAAAUAAAUAUUCCGCCUAUUUAAAACUAAAGGACUUUCCCAUUUAUGAAAGAAAAUCUGUGUAAACCAGACAAUGCAGAAGUUAGAAUAGCUAUCAGAUCAAAAGAAAUCAAAUUAUUUUACUUCUCAGAUAUGUCUGAAAUGUGUAAAACUGAGUUAUGAAGAUUUUUCUGUUCAAAGUCCAGGUGUAAUGACAUGAAAUCAGGAACACAUAAUGUCCACUAGGGGGCACCACACGCACAGAAACCUGUUCCCCUGAUUAUUGGAGGUUUGAUUGUGUUGAUACCUGCUAGUUAUGAGGAUUUUUCCUCCAAGCUGAACCUGCUUCAUUUUAUCAAAAGGCAU